AUGAUUGAAAGCCUAAAACACGCUGUCAUCUACGGUGCACCUGGUUUAGUCCCAUGGGCCCGAAGUGAUCAGCUUCUACGACCCCCGCAAAAGCUCGCUUCGGGUAUUUUCUUACGGCCAGGGGACCGGUUCACUUUUACCACGUCGAUGAGAAAAGCCAUAAAAAGUGGCGAAAGUAUCACUCAUAUUUACUACCUGGGUCUGCAUGAUAUAUGCAUCCGGAGAAACGCUAAAAUGGGCAGUCGCUUAUAA